AUGAAUCCUCAUUAACCAAGACAUAAUUAAAUAACUGAGGUAUAAAAGCUUUUCAAAAAUAGGUUUUGGUUUAGGAAAGUGCACUAAUCUCUCAAAUUUGACGCUUUGUAUAAUUCUAUUGGUGCAAUUGGUGCAUCAGGCUUAUGUUUUGGUGUAGGAAAGUGCAUUAAUCUCUCAAAUUUAACACUUCAUCUAGGUGGAAAUAAAAUUGAUGAUGAAGGUUUAUCAGGUUUAAUCUCUGGUUUAGGAUAACUCACUAAUCUCUCAAAUUUGGUACUUGAUCUAGGUGGAAAUAAAAUUUGUGACGAAGGCGCAUCAGGUUUAGGUUCUGGUUUAGGAAAGUUCACAAAUUUCUAAAAUUUGGUCCUUGAUCUAGGUGGAAAUAAAAUUGGAGAUAAAGGUGUAUCAGACUUAGGUUUUGGUUUAGGAAAUUGCACUAAUCUCUCAAAUUUGGAACUUGAUCUAAGGUAUAAUUUUAUUGGUGUAAUAGGUGCAUCAGGCUUAGGUUUUGGUUUAGAAAAGUGUACUAAUCUAUCAAAUCUGAAACUUAAUCUAGCGGAAAAUUUUAUUGGCGCAAUUGGUGCAUCAGACUUAGGUUCUAGUUUAGGAAAGUGUACUAAUCUCUCAAAUUUGACACUUGAUCUUUUUGGUAAUAAAAUUGGUGAUAAAGGUAUAUCAGGCUUAGGUUAUGGUUUAGGAAAGUGCACUAAUCUCUCAGAUUUAACACUUUAUCUUAUGAUGAAUUAAAUCGGUGAUGGAGAUACAUCAGGUUUAGGUUUUGGUUUAAGAAAGUGCAAUAAUCUCUCUAAUUUGACAAUUUAUCUUAAGUAAAAACAGUUUAUUUAUUUUGGAUUGGCAUAUUUUUGA